AGCAAAAUAGUAUUUGGAGAGCGAGCUGAGCUGAUGAGGGAGUAAUAUAAUGGUCCAUGAAAUGAGUUGCAGUUAGCAGUACGUGUAUGAGUGUAGGCUAGAGAUGAGAAGCAUUGUGAUCAUGGCGGCUUCAAUCCUUGUGUUUCUGCUAUUGUUUAUGGCUCCAACGUUUUCAAAUUCAGAAGAGAUUGAAACUUUGCCUGGUUUCCCAGGAAAACUACCAUUCAAACUCCAAACCGGUUACAUUGGUGUGGGAGAAUUUGAACAAGUUCAACUGUUUUAUUACUUCAUUGAAUCUGAGAGGAGCCCAGAAAACGAUCCGCUCUUUCUAUGGCUCACUGGAGGCCCAGGUUGCUCUGCUCUCUCUCGUCUCCUCUAUGAGAUUGGUCCUUUCACCAUUAAUUAUGCAAAUUCCACUACUGGGGACAUCCCAUCUUUGGAGUUGAACCCCUAUGCAUGGACCAAGGUGGCCAACAUUAUAUUUUUGGAUCAACCUGUUGGAACUGGAUUCUCCUAUUCCAAAACAUGGGAAGCUUCCAUUUCUACUGAUACCUUAUCUGCACAACAAACUUAUAGUUUCCUCAUACAGUGGCUCCUGGACCACCCCAAAUUCCUCAGUAAUCCGCUCUACAUUACCGGAGAUUCCUAUUCUGGAAUCAUUAUUCCACUGAUUGUUCACAAAAUAUAUGAUGGUUUAGAAUCUGGGAUUGAGCCGCGUUUAAAUAUGAAAGGCUAUGUGGUAGGCAAUCCAAUGACUGCAGAUACUUAUGCAAACGAAAACAAUCAAGUCAUAUUUGCUUAUAGAAUGGGGCUUUUGUCACACAAUCUAUACCAGUCCACAAAAGAAAGUUGCAAUGGAAAUUACAAUAUAGAUGAACAUCCACAAAAUCCAGCAUGUCAAUAUGAUCUUCAAAGAGUAUCAAAGUGUGUUGAAAAGAUAAACAAGGCCCAAAUUUUAGAACCCAUAUGUAGCAAUGAAAAUUUAUUACUGAGUCUAGAUGGGAGGUCUAUUGGUGAAGAUUUACCACAACAGUGGUGCAGAGAAAAUAAUUAUUUGUACUCCAUCACCUGGGCAAAUAACAAAGCUGUCCAGAAAGCACUUCACGUGCGUGAGGGAACAAUAACAACGUGGGAUAGAUGCAACGACCAAAUCUCGUACAUUUAUAAUGUCCAAAGCACGGUUGAUUAUCAUCGGAGUUUCACUAACAAAUCCUAUCGAGUUCUAAUCUACAGUGGGGAUCACGACAUGGGUAUUCCUCAUAUAGGCACAGAAGAAUGGAUAGAGUCCUUAAAAGUUGGGGUUGUAGACGAAUGGAGACCUUGGUUCGUUGAAGAUCAAGUUGCGGGAUACACCAAGAAGUAUUCACAGAAUGAGUAUGAAUUGACAUAUGCAACUGUGAAGGGAGCAGGUCAUACAGCACCAGAAUAUAAACCACGAGAAUGUUUGUCAAUGCUUCAAAGAUGGCUUAGCUAUUAUCCUCUUUGAUUAUGUAAUGGAAUGCAUAUAUAUUCCAUAAUAAAAUUCCAUAUGUAAUGUACUUUCAUUAUAUUAAAAUGUAUUUUGUAUUCAUGGUUCACACAGUUA